AUGGACCCAACCGACCAAAAUACUCAAGAACAAGAACAACCAUCUUGUUCUUCUGCUCUUAGCAAAAGAUUGCUUGAACUGGAAGAUGAUACUGAUGCAUAUUACUCCGGUCUUUUGCCUCCAGAAGCUUAUCAAACUUCCAAACGCAUCAAAGUGUACGAUUUUCUAGCCACUUUCGAUAAACCAAAAGGCGAAACCAUUGUUAUCUCUGACAGUGAAAGUGAUGAUGAUGAUAGAAGUAAUGCGGCUGAUAAAAUGGAUGAUGAUGAUGAUAGAAGUAAUGCCACGCCGACUCUCACAUUACUUCCUAGAAACCAGCACGAUGUCGUGAGCAAUGCGGCUGAUAAAAUGGAUGAUGAUGAUGAUGUGGAAGAUGAAGUUGAUGAAGUUGAUGAUGAUUCUCCAACUCCAUUCUCUGAAGCAAUCAAAGCUAUUCAAGAACGCGCCGAGAGAAACGAGAAAAGAGGGAUUGUUGAAGAACCUCCUGUAUGGAUUCCAAAAAGGAAUGAAAAAGAUUCGGUUAGGAGAAGGUCCUAUAUUUCGUCAUUGCAAGAACUGUCUCUUAACAUUCUUGCUCAGCAUUCCGAUGCAAUUGCUUCGCUCGACUGUGUCAACGACGAGUUCAGACAAAGGCUAAGUAAUCUGCUGUGUGAUUCAAGAAAAAUGAACUGUCACUUUCUUGAACUACUUCUUAAGGGUGUUCCCACUCAAAUUCUGCUUACAGACUGUUCCUGGUUGACAGAAAAAGAAUUUACUAAUUAUUUUCAAACACACGUCACUUCCGAAUUAGAGGUGCUGCAACUUGACAAGUGUGGAAGAAUUAUGAAUGAAUACACAUUACCUGCUACAUUGGCAAAGUCACCAAACUCCUUGUCUAAAUUAACUAUUCUAUCGCUCACAGGUGCAUGUCAUCUUAAGGAUGAAGGAUUGCGGUUACUAGUUUCGUCUGCAACAGAACUUAGAUCUAUAAACCUAAGCCAAUGUUCCCUUCUCACUUGUGCUAGUCUUGACAUUUUGGCUGGUUCAUUAGGAUCGAUUUUGAAAGAGUUGUAUAUUGAUGAUUGCAUAUUCAUUGAUGUUGCACGGAUUUUACCAGCCUUGAAGCGAUUCAAGCAAUUACAAGUGUUGUCACUUGCUGGUGUUCCAACUGUUUCUGAUAAAUUUAUUAAGAGCUACUUCAUCGCGCGCGGUCAUAACAUUAAGGAUCUUGUUUUAAAGGACUGUGUAAAUUUGACGGAUGCGUCAAUGCGAGUCAUUGCCAAACAUUGUCCUGGUUUGCGCGUGCUUGAUAUUAUGAACUUGGGAAAAUUGACAGACUUAUCUAUUGGUUAUCUUGCGAAUAGUUGUUGCAGAUUGAGUACAUUGAAGCUCUGUCGCAAUCCAUUCAGCGAUGAAGCAAUUUCAGUAUUUUUGGAGUUAGCUGGCAAAACCUUGGAAGAACUUUCACUUAAUAGCAUUGUAAAGGUUGACCUAUUGACAGCCACAUCACUUGCAAAGAAUGGCCAAAAUUUGCAUACCUUGGACUUAUCAUGGUGUCAAAAUCUGUCUGACAAUGAGCUCGGUUUAAUUGUCGAUAGCUGCUUGUCACUGAGGUCACUUAAGCUUUUCGGAUGCUCGCAGUUAACAGAUAUGUUUUUCAAAGGACACUCAAACUCAGGGACUCGGAUCAUUGGGUUGAAGUUGAGUCCUUUAUUUCAGCAAUUCGAAUCGGUCUCGCUGUAA